GAGAUUUUUGUUACUCAUUUCAUUCCCGCCAUGGCUAGGGUUUGGGAGGGAAAAGGAAAACCCUGUUUCCAAUAAAACGAACCAAACAAUCCGCCAUGGAUUAUUUCUCCACCAAACGCUACUUGUUUUGCAGGCUUAAGAUAAUCGUUUCAUCGUUCUUCGGCUUCCUUCUCCACGCAUCCAGUUUUAGGUUCCCCAUGCAAAUGCCAAUUCAAAAGCAAGGUCCAGUUGUCGAAGCAGUACGGUUUUCUAUUUCUGGACUCAAAGCGCUAAUUUCUUCUCAAGAAGAACAUCAGGAAGUUGGACAAGAAAAGGAAGAUCGCGUCAUUCGCAGUUUUGGCAUCGGCAUUAUUACCUCAAAGCUGUUGACUCCUUCUUCUUCUUCUUCUUCGAUUGGAUCUUGUAAUUUGUUAAUGGACGAUUUGAUUGGGACUGAGAGCGGCGUUUCCUUGACUGAGAAUACGGAGGAAACCGAAGAGAAAUUAACUCACGCCUAUUUCGAUCGUCCUCAUAAUUGUACCAAUCUCCACGGUUUUACCGAGCAAAAUCAGCGAUGUGUGCCGAAAAAGCAGUUUCCACCGCCAAUUCCUUCUCUAGCUACACAGGCAGGGCAACGAACGCGGUCGCCAUGGAUUUUAACAAGAUAUUACUCCGAUAGAAGGUUGAUUUUGAAACUCGAAAGAGUCGGGAAUCAUCAGUCCAUGGAAUCGCACCGCGAAAAUGGCCGUCUCAUUCUCAAUCUCGUACCGUCACCAGUACCGGGCGUCGAUAAUCAGGAUCUCCAGUUCAUCGAAGAGGACGAAGGAAAUGAGGAGAUCGACUCGAUUGAAAGCGAAGAAGGAGAAGAUUAUACAGUUCCUGAAAUUUCUUCCGAGAGUUUUACAUACGGCGGCGAGGGCGUCGACGGCGGAGUGUUUUGUGAUCGGAAACUGUUUUGUGGUGUAAAUGGGAAUUUAGAAGAACGACAUGUCGUCCACAGACAUUUCGAUUCGACUCCUCUUCGUCCGAUAGUGGUAUCCCUGAGCCCAAUAAGCCCGUUUGUGACUCCCCAUCCAUGGGCUAGGCCCACUAAGAAGAUGGGAGAAAAGUGA